AUGCGGAUUGGUGACGGACACACAGGUGGAGGGCGUGACGGUCACGUCUCUUCUCAUGUGGCGGGCUUCUCACCACAGAUGUCUGGCUCAAAGCCCGAUCACCCUGGCAGCGGCGGUGUUCCAAACAGCGGCGGAGGUCGGCAGCGUGUCUGUUACAACUGCGGGAAAAGCGGACAUCUCGCGGCCAGCUGUUUUGAGGUUCUCGGUUAUCCCGACUGGUACCCCCGUGGUGGUGCUGGCCGCAGAGGUGGUAGGCGCGGCCGCGGCGGUCGUGGCGGGGGUGCUCCUGCCCAAGCAAACCGAGAAGAUACGGAUCUGGUUUCUCAUGCAUCAUUUACUGGGAAUUCAAACACGACAUCUUUCCCCGUAAGCUUCCUGUAUACCCCAGCAAAUGUCUCCAGCUUGUUCUCGGUGUCAUUUUUUCCCUUGGGGUCCAAGAAGACCUGUUAUCAAAACAAGAAUAUAAAUCAAGAAAAUGCAUUCUCUUAUGAGUUCUAG